AUGUGCGAUGUCAAAGACGAACGCCAUGGCGUCUUGCCGGAAACAUCCCUGCCAGGUUCAUCGUUGCUGCAGGCUUUCGUGAGAAUGCCUUUGGUGCAGGCGUCGCAUCAUGUACGGAGUUCCUGCACCUGGAUGUGCCUUACGGCAGUUUCGACAGUCGCUAGAAGGCAUCGUCGGUUUCCUAGCAACACGCCAGUGAGUCCGAUUCCUCGGUGCCGCAGUCUGGCAACUGCGAGAAUCAAUGUCGAUGUGGUAUCGGAAAACCCAGUGAUUUGGGUAGUCGAUGGCUUGUGUGACGGAACAAAGGCUCGUCAGCUUCAGCAUUUGUUGGAAGAACAAGACAUGGACCUACUGAGGAAGACGGCGGCACCUACUCUUUGGCACCAGCACGCGCUGGAGCCAGAGUUCAACCUGACGGUUGCGGACAGCCGUUCAGAGCCAGACGCGCUCCAUAGCAGUGCUGCCAGCACUGCGGACACAGAUGCAGGAGAAGGUCGUGCCGCAGUCGGCGCAGUGCCAGUCCCCGUAGUCGGGCUCGGAGAGCGUGCCAUCAAUCCUGCAGAGCUGCCAACGCGUGGCUCUGCGGGCCAUUUCCUUGGUAACUGCAAGCCCUGCGCCUUCGUGUACAAGGGUGGUUGCGACAGCGGCUACGAUUGUCAGUUUUGCCAUCUUUGCCUCCCAGGUGAGAAGAUCCGGCGUAAGAAGGACGCCUACGUGGACGAUAUGUUUGACCAACGGAGGACCGCAAGGGAGGACGCCCAGCUCUUGGUUUACAUGAUGCAUGCUGGUGCGCUCCAGUUUGUCCCGCGCCAGUAUCGCUCGGACCCACUGCGUUCCUUCCUGUGGCUGGCCGUGCAGAGAAAGGAGCUCCUCCCGGAGGGUGCCUGGGACAUUGCUCUUGCUUCUGUCGCUCGUCAAGCUUGGUGCACGCAGUGGGACCCGGAGGACCUGCGGCGGAGUGGCUUCGCGAAGUCCGCGGCACGGUGGCGGGUUCCCGAGGCCAUGCUCGCGGAGUUGUCGCCGCUUGUCGUGGAUGUGCUCGGUGCUCCAGUGGAGGGACUUCCCUUGGCGGAGUCACGACCUUUCCACGCCAGUGACAAGUUGCCGAAGUGGAGACCAAGUCUGCAACCAGUUGUGCGCUACCAGCAAGAUGAGUCACAAGUACCUCACAUUGACACGAGCGACGUGACGAUGCUGGUUUAUCUGAGCAGUUCCGGUGGAAACACCUGCUUCCCAAAUCUGCAACGCAGCAUCAUGCCACGCGCAGGCCGUGUUCUGGUUUUCUGCAGCACCACACCUGGCGCUUCGCGAUUCGGCGGCUUUGCUGGCUCAGCCUACGGGGCACUUUGGUGGACUCUCUCCUGCUUCGAAAGGGGAGAAACUCAUUGUGCAGCUUCUGUUCGCUGCCCUGGACCCAUCUUUGAAUAUCGGCUCCUGGGACGAGGCCUUGCGUGGCCCAGCUUUGAGGCAGGCCAGCUACAGCUCAGGGGUGGAGGCGCAGCCCCUGCCUGCAGUGCCCUCUGCAUCUCGACUGCCGCGCCUGGCGACCUCCCCGCAACGCUGUGCCACCGGCUGCAAGGCCGAGCUCUGGAGGGUCAGGCAGCUCCCUGUCUUUGCCAUGGCUGCAGUAGCCAUGGCGAGAUGCCGCUGCCCGCCUUUGCAGAGAAACCGGUGCAGGAGGCCGAGGGGCACGUUCUCAACGCCGUGCUCCCAGCUCCUUCCGUCGUCGCUGCCGGUUCGUUUCGCGAGCGUCCGGAGUGCAUGGACUUCGGACAGGCCCAGCUCGAGCAGCUCGAGGUCGAGGCCAUUCACCGCUCGCAGCGCUUUCCAGACUCCACGGAGGAGCUCCUUCCUUUGCCACUGCCGUCGGUCAGUGGCUUAAACUGCCCACUCUGCCAUAAGACUUUCGAGGAUCCCGUCAUGACGGUCGAUGGCAAAGUGCUGACAUCCAUCCGUGAGAAUGUGAGGCCGGCCUGGAUACAGGUGGAGCAGGCGGAACGGGAAGCUUUGCGUUUCGAACUGCAGCAGCGAAGCGCGGAGCUGCUACAGGUGAAGACGAGCACAGAGGGUCAAUCGAAGGAGCUCCAGUUGCAUGCAGAUGAGAUGAACUCUUGUGUGGAGCUGAAGGCGGCCACCUUGACAGCCAAACUGCAGAUGACGGAGGCCAUUUCCGUGCACUGCGAAGGGGGCUUGCCAGCAGCGGGGUUGCCUGGUGAUUUCUUCAGCCGCUAUGACCGGUUUCAUGUCAAGUACAUGAGAGAUAGCCUGGCCCGUUCGCAGGAGCUGCUGCACGCCAUCUAUGAGUCCAAAAUCCUACCGAAUUUUGGGGAAAAUCUCGAUCUCUGCCCUGUGGCAGUCUUGCAGAUAAUGAUGGAUGCAGUCCUGGCAUCUUCAGUCGACUACUCCCUGGACGAUGGUCGAGGUCUUUUCGAGUUGGCCUCCAAGUUGGCAAGCUCUCUCGAGGAGGAUGGUGUCGAUGACGUGGCAGCUCUCAGAGAGGAGUGGGCUCAGGACACAGUCCACACGUACUCUUUCCUGCUUGGGCUCGAUGAAAACCACUGUCACGGUGCAGACCUGAAGAUAUAUGUGUAUGAUGUGCCCGAGAAUCUGACACGCCAUCCGCUGGAUUGCGUGUUAGGACAAUGGGGCACAGAAGUAUUGUUCCACCAAUACUUUCUCAGCUCUGCUUGCCGAACGUUGGAUCCAGAGAAAGCCGAGCUUUUUUAUGUACCAAUUUAUGGAACAUGCCUCUUCACAAAGGACGCGUUGGACAACGAUGCGGAUGCGUCGGAGCGGAUUUGGGAUCCAUUGAUCAGGCACAUCUUUGCCCAACCCUGGGCCCAGCGGAACAAGCUGAUGGAUCACAUUUUUCUGUUUGCAGAUGGCCAGUCUGCUCGCAUUUGGGACUCGUAUGACUUGGUUCGCAGUGAGGCGGUCUUCUUGAUGGUGGAGUCGAAGUGUCCCACGUGGGACGAGCCCAUGCGAAGAUACAGCGACAUCAAGCCAUGCAGCUCCGGUUGGAAAGACAUCAUCAUCCCUGGGCAUACUGACCAUGCGCGCCUGCAAGCGAUGCGGCGGUACAACCGGCCGACCGCGCAGCGAGAAUUGAUCAUGACAUUCCAUGGCAGCCACUCGGGCAACAAAGAGGUUUACGAUCAGUGCGCGGUCAGAGACAAGGUUAUGGAACUGGCCCAGUUUGCCGGAGUUGAUGUGGGCGGCUUCGUACCCAACUACCUGGAGAUCAAGGGCAAUGCCCACUUUUGCUUGAUACCUGCCGGUACCUCGCCUUGGACGAACCAGCUGUACGAGAGCAUCCAGUGCGGAUGCAUUCCUGUUAUUCUGUCUGAUGAGUACGAAGUCGCCUUCCAGCAUCUUGUAGAUUGGAGACGCAUCAGCAUCAAGUGGCCAGAAGCGCUGGUUGGCAAGGAACUUUACGAAUUCCUUGCUUCGUUCUCACUGGAGACGAUAGCAGCUAUGAAGGCUGAUGUUGAUGAUCACAGCUGCUGGUUCGACUACUUCUCCACUGAGCCCGACUGUUCUCCGUAUGCAGCGGUGCUCGCUGCGCUAGUCGACCGUCGAGAGCGUCGAUUGCAGGUGUACAGACAUUGGGAGCGCUUCUGGAAUGUGCCAAAGAGCGCUGACGGACAACGCGGCCACACUACCGGUAGAACCACUCGUUUCCACACACUUGCAAAUGAGACGUUCCUGAUGUGA